AUGAAGCUGUACAAGCAGGAGCUCCUCGUCGCCACACAGACCGUCACCGUGACCGUUGGCGGUAGCACCACGAGUAACAUCGCCUCCACCGAGGUCGUGGCCGCAUCGCCCGUCUUCCGCAUCGGCGAGUUCGAUGGCCAGCCCUUCGAGUUCAAGAACGGUGACAAGUUCCUUGGGAUGCAUCCGUCGGAUACCCGCAUGUCUGCAUGGGGCGGUAACUAUACUGUGGGUGUGUCGACGGCGGCGGACUUCCCGAUGGCGCUGUUUGCAAAGACCGGGGGGCCAGCGACGAUAAAGUUUAUGGCGACCAGUACCGCGAAGAGGACGUUGAGGAUUGCGACGACGCUGUCGUUUAAGACUGGGAGGCCGUCGGUGGUGAUUAACGGUGCAUGGACGGGUGCGGAUCCGGGCGCGCCGGUGUUGAUUGAUUCGAGGGGUGUGACCAGAGGCGGGUACAGGGGUUACGGGGAGAGUUAUGAGUGGGAUGUACCGGCGGGAACAUUAGUAGUUGGAGAGAAUACCCUGGUUGUGGGCGUAACGGGGAGUGGGGAUGCGGGUUUCUUGAGUGCGAACUAUAUCGUGGAUGCGAUUGAGUUGUACUGA